AAGCCCCUCACCCUGGCCCUGCUUCAGAGUCUGCAUGGGGGACCUGGGGCUGCAGGGCCGGGACCGGAGGCCCCGGGGGAGGGGCUGCCUCCUGCUGGCGGUAGCAGGAGCCACAGCGCUGGUGACCCUGCUGCUGGCGGUGCCCGUCACCGUCCUGGCAGUGCUGGCCUUGGUGCCGCAGGAACAGGGAGGACCGGGAGAUGUGUCUCACCGCCGAGCCCGGGGCUUAGGUCCGCGCUGGGAGGGGCGGGAGUGGCAUCAGCUGAAGCUGAGCUCUGGGAGCAGUGACCCUCCCUCCUCCCAGCAGGUAACGGAGACCCCUGGCCCAGGAGCACAGGCCCAGAGAGGACUGGGGUUCCAGGAGCGGCAGGAGGAGGCGCCGGACGCAGACUCCAGCCCCGUGCUCCCGGCUGCCCACCUCAUAGGCGCCUGGACGCAGGGGCGCGGGCUCGGCUGGGAGGCGCACAAGGAGGAGGCGUUCCUGCGCAGCGGCGCGCAGUUCUCGGGCGCGCGCGGGCUGGCGCUGCCGCGGGACGGGCUCUACUUCCUCUACUGCCACGUGGGCUUCCGCGGCCGCGCGCUCCCCGCCGGCCCGCCCGGCCCGGGGCUGCCGCUCACGCUGCGCUCGGCGCUGCUGCGCGCGGGCGGCGCCUACGGGCCUGGCGCGGCCGAACCGCUGCUGGAGGGCGCCGAGACCGUGAGGCCGGCGGCGGGGCGCGCAGCCGCGCCGCUCUGGUUCACGAGCGUGGGCUUCGGCGGGCUGGUGCGGCUGCGGCGCGGCGAGAGGGUGUACGUGAACAUCAGCCACCCGGACCUGGUGGACUAUCGGCGCGGCAAGACCUUCUUCGGGGCCGUGAUGCUGGGCUGAGGCGCUGCGAGCCUGAGCAGUGGGAGCCGCGGGGCGCAGUCUGGAAGUUGCUCCCGAGCCUCAUGAGAAUAAAGACUGGCCUCCUGGGGCGUGCUUGGCUCUA